UCCUCCAUUCAUCAUUAUUAGCUCUCUCCUUUCUUUCCAAACCUGGAACACAACCUAAACAUGAAACAAUGCGUAUAAGAUCAAUACUUCCGCACUAUCCAGUCAAUCCAAUUGAACAAAAACUCACAUUCUUGAUUCACGACUCAAAACAACUUCAACACAUUAAUCACAUCCAUGCAUAUCUCCUAAAAACAUCACUACACUCCAACAACUUCAUCAUAACCAAGCUUCUUAGCAAACUCUCGUUCAAUUCUUUCGACAAUUUGCGUUAUGCACACCACCUGUUCGACGAAAUGCCAAGGCCUGACACGUUUCUUUAUAACACCAUGAUCAGAGCUCACUUGAAUUCACACAAUUAUAAUGAGUGUCUGUCAUUGUUUCUCCAAUUGUGUCGCCAAGAUCAUCUUUUUAUAGAUAGUUUCAGCUUGUCCCUUGUUGUUCAAGCGUGUGGGCGGUCGGGUUUUGUUCGGAGUGGUCAAACGGUGCAUACCCAGGUGCUGAAACUUGGGUUUGGUUGUGAUUUGUUUGUCCAGACUGGUCUGACUGAAAUGUAUGUGAAAUUCGGGUGGGUGGAGUUUGCACGCAAGGUGUUUGAUGAUAUGCCUCAACGAGACUUGGUUUCGUAUAAUGUAUUGUUGGCGGAGUAUGUAAGGAUUGGGGAAUUGGGUUUAGCGCGAAAACUGUUUGAUGAAAUGUCUCGAAGAGAUUUGGUUUCGUGGAAUACUAUGAUUCAUGGUUAUACGUCACUUGGCGAUGUGGGCAUGUCUAACGAGGCCAUAAGGCUCUUUAAUGAGAUGCGGUUGGCUAAGAUUUUUCCGGAUAACAUCACCAUUGUCAGUGUGUUGUCCGCGUGUGGAGAUUUAGGUGCUUUAGGUAUGGGCAAGAUGGUUCACAGGUACAUAGAGAGAAACCGGAUUGAAAUAGACGUAAAGCUCGGGACCUCUUUGGUCAACAUGUAUGCAAAGUGUGGGGAUAUUGACAACGCAUUAAAGGUUUUUAAUGGGUUGAAAGACAAGGAUGUGUUUUUAUGGAGUGCGAUGAUAACGGGGCUGGCGAACCAUGGAUAUGGUGAUGUAGCGCUUGAUCAUUUCCACGCUAUGAUAUCUGAAGGAGUUAAGCCCAAUAACAUUACUUUCAUAGGUGUUUUGAGUGCGUGUAGUCACACUGGUUUAGUUAACGACGGGUGGAAAUACUUCAACUCGAUGAGUGAUGCAUAUGGACUAGAACCAGAAGUCGAACAUUAUGGUUGCAUGGUUGAUAUCCUGUGUCGAGCAGGACGUCUCGAUGCAGCCCGAAAUGUUAUCAAAAACAUUCCCUUUAAACCAGAUGCAAGAAUUUGGAGAACAGUUCUUGGCGCGUGUAAGAUCUAUAAAAAUGUUGAAUUGGCAGAAGAAGCUACUAGUGAAAUACGUUCACUCGAAGCUCAUGAUGAUGGAAAUUAUGUACUUUUAUCGAACAUAUAUUCCCAAGAUAAGAAGUGGGACAAAGCUGUGAAUAUCAGGAGGAAGAUGGAUGAAAUUAGUAUCCAAAAGGUUGUUGGGAACAGUUCAGUUGAGGUUGAUAAUGCAGUUUAAAAAACACAAAUAUUGUACGCAUGUAAAAGUGUUGUUUCCUUUUAAAUGGAACUCAGUGUGUCUGCACAAGUUUCCGGA